AUGUUCGGACCAAAUGUCUGGCAAGCAGUUGUACAACCGGUUGUAGGGGGCGGAAUAUCGCCGAACCACUCUCAUGUUGAGAUCAAAUUGACCUUCAAAGAGGGGGGUGCCUUUGACUUCCAUACAAAUUUUGAGCGCAUCAAGGAACGAUUACACCAAGCCGUCGAAGCUGCCAGAGCGAGUGGCAUUACAGGAAGUACCUCGAGUAGAGGUGCUGGGCCCAUAGCUGGCGUCAACAUGGAUGCCGUGCAUCUGGAUGAGCUUCCGACAUAUCAAGAUUCAGGACUUGAUGCAUUGGCGCCGCAACCUGCUCCGCCAACACCGCCGUUGCGAGCCCCGGUUCAGCGAGAGGAUCCAGCGCCGUCUUUUCAGGAGGUUGUCGAAGGACGCGCCCCAGCGCAGAGGCAGAAUACAAUUCCGACAGAUGCACCGCCUGGAUACGAGGAGACACAGCAGCAGAGCAUUGAGCAGGAGCUUGAGGCAAGGCUAGCAAAGGCUUCUUGA